AUGGCCUGGAAAGACUCCAAUUGUCAUAUCCGCAUUCUCCGCGAGGCCCGAAUUGGCCAGUACGGGGUCAUUGCCGCCAUCGCCUAUAACAUCGAACAGGUUUUAGGCCUGGUCCAAGCUGCAGAAACCGCGCGCUCACCACUCAUCAUUCAAUUCUUUCCAUGGGCUAUUGAGGCCACAGAUGGCUUGCUAGUACGUGCCGCUGCCGAUGCCGCGAAGCGUGCAAGUGUGCCUAUCAGUAUUCACCUCGACCAUGCCCAGUCUGAAGCAAUCAUCAAACGCGCAGCAGAGCUUCCAUUUGAUAGUAUCAUGGUGGAUAUGUCGCAUUACGAAAAGCAUGAAAACCUGAAGAAGACUCGAGAGCUGGUACAAUAUUGCAACGAGCGCGAAAAGGCCACGGAAGCCGAACCGGGCCGUAUUGAGGGAGGAGAGGAUGGAGUCAUGGACACAGAGGGAUUACAAGCAUGUAUGACGACUGCUGAGGAAGUGGACGAGUUCAUCGACACAGGCGUGGAUGUCAUUGCCCCUGCUUUUGGCAAUGUCCAUGGUGAAUAUGGCCCGCAGGGCCCACAGCUGGAUUUCGACAGAUUCGAGAAAGUCCGGACUCAGGCAAACGGCAGAAUUAGUUUGGCUCUACACGGCACCAACGGGUUUGCCCCGGAGCUAAUGAAACGCUGCGUGGCCGCUGGUGUCAGCAAAAUCAACGUCAACAAACUUGUAUUAGAUGACUAUUACGACCACCUUCGUUCAAACGCGGACAAAAUGUUGCAUACACAGCUUAUUGAGGAGGGGAUUCAGAAAGUGGCAGAUCUUACCGUUAAAUGGAUGGAGAUCUGCGGGUCAGCGGGCAAGGCAUGA